CCGCUUUCCGACUCCUGCAGCGGCACAACACCCCCUGCCUCCUCUCUCUCCUUUUCUCGACUACUAACCACAGGAAACACGUGAGCCUCGCUCGACACGGCUGCUGCGCCGUCCCUCGCCGCUCUUUGAUACCCGCUCGACUCCAUCUCCCCCCGCUCGUUGCGACACUGCCACCCGGCCUGGACGCGGCUUAGCACGCUUGACCGCCUGUCGUUGGAAGCACGCGCAGUCGGCUGCCGGCUACCAUGGAGAACUACCAGAAGCUGGAAAAGGUCGGAGAAGGAACGUACGGUGUUGUGUACAAGGCGCGAGACCUCACGACCAAGGACCAACGCAUUGUCGCGCUCAAGAAGAUCCGCCUCGAGGCCGAAGAUGAAGGCGUGCCGUCGACGGCUAUUCGCGAGAUUUCGCUGCUCAAGGAAAUGAACGACCCCAACAUUGUGCGUCUGCUCAACAUUGUGCACGCCGACGGCCACAAGCUGUACCUGGUGUUUGAGUUUCUCGACCUCGACCUCAAGAAGUACAUGGAGGCGCUGCCGGUCAGCAUGGGCGGGCGGGGCAAGGCGCUGCCCGAGGGAUCGGGCCUGGCGGGACAGCCGCUGAGCAUGGACGACAAGAUGGUCAAAAAGUUCAUGAUGCAGCUGUGCCAGGGUGUGCGGUACUGCCAUGCUCACCGCGUGCUGCACCGCGAUCUCAAGCCCCAGAAUCUCCUCAUCAACAAGGAUUGCAAUCUCAAACUGGCGGAUUUUGGUCUGGCCCGCGCGUUUGGUGUGCCGCUGCGAACAUAUACCCACGAGGUUGUUACGCUGUGGUACCGCGCUCCCGAGAUUCUGCUUGGUGGCCGCCAAUACUCGACUGGUGUCGACAUGUGGUCGGUUGGGUGUAUCUUCGCUGAGAUGUGCACGCGCAAGCCUCUCUUCCCUGGCGACUCGGAGAUUGACGAGAUCUUCAAAAUCUUCCGUAUCCUCGGUACACCCAACGAGCAGGACUGGCCUGGCGUGACUUCGUUCCCCGACUUCAAGCCCUCGUUCCCCAAAUGGGGCAGGACAGACAUUGCCAAUAUUGUCACCAACCUGGACGAGGUCGGCCUCGACCUGCUGGACGCGCUGCUUGUAUACGACCCUGCCGGCCGCAUCUCGGCGAAACAGACGGUGGUGCACCCGUACUUUAACGGAAUGAACGGCAACGACUACACCAACGGUGUGUCCUGGAUCAUGGCUUCGUCAGCACCCAAACUGCUUCCCCUGGCAACGGGCCCUCGUCUGAUAGUGUACCACCAGACCAUCCACGAUGCCCAAGGCAACUACCAUUCGCUGCUUCCGCUGCUGACCAACAACACAGGCAUCACGCAUGUGAUUGUCGCCGCCAUCCACCUCAACGACGGGCCGGGGAACAUUACCCUCAACGACCACCCCCCAGCCGACAAGCGCUUCGAGCAGCUCUGGGGCGAGGUCAACUGGCUGCAGGGCAGCGGCGUCAAGGUGCUGGGCAUGCUGGGCGGGGCUGCAAAGGGGAGCUAUGAGAGACUGAGCGGAGACGACGAGAGCUUUGAAGCAUACUACACGCCGCUUCACGCCAUCGUCUCGACGUACAAGCUGUCGGGCCUCGAUCUCGACGUCGAGGAAGAAGUGGCCCUCUUGACCGUCACCCGCCUCAUCUCGCGGCUGCGCGCCGACUUUGGCCCUGACUUCCUCAUCACGCUCGCGCCCGUCGCCACGGCCCUCAUCCCAGACCCGAAUAUCCCCGCCCACCUGCGUCCGCCCCGACCCAUGCUGGCCUCGGGCCCCAGCCCCAAUCCGCUUCACCCCACCCUACCGCACCUAAGCGGUUUCAGCUACCCGGAGCUAGAGUGCGGCGUCUACGGCAAGGAGAUUGCCUGGUACAACACGCAGUUUUACUGUGGAUGGGGAGACGCCGGCAGCACCAUGUGGUACGAUGCCAUCAUCGCCGCCGGCUGGAAGCCCGAGAAGGUCGUCAUGGGCGUGGUGACGAACCCGGGCAACGGCGCCGGCCACAUUCCGCUUGCCAAGCUGACGGAGAACUGUGCGCGGCUGCGCGAAAAAUACAAAAACAUGGGCAAAGGCUUUGGCGGCGUCAUGGGCUGGGAAUACUUCAACUCGGGCGACUGCGAGCACGACGUGGUCCACAUUUCCUCGCUCCCCGACCUCAUUGCCGAUAACACGGUGCAGGCCGGCUGGGUCGCGGCGCUAGGCCGUAUCCUGCGCUCCCAAGAUGCUCCCCGCCCCCCGCAGACGGAGCGCCCGCUGCAAAACGUCUCGGCCCAGCAGAUCCGCAACAUGGUGACCAGACUCCCCCAAGCCGAUUCCCAGUGGCCUGAUGCCGAAAUUCAGAAACUAGUCGUCUUGGGCUUUCAGCGCCAUGAGGCGCUCGCUGCGCUCAAUGCUACAGACGGCAAUGUGGAGCUUGCGGCGGGGUUUUUGUUUGAGCAUUAUCCUCAGUGAUGGAUUACUGUUGUUGUUGUUGUGUUAGAUGUAGAUGAGAAAAGAAAAGAAAUAGAGUCGUGGAAAGAAACUAGCUGUUUGUGUACAUGUACUUACACUAUCGACAUGC